UUUUGAUUGUUUUGGAGCGGCCCACGUUAGGAUAUAAUGCGCACGCAUUUCGGCGCAUGAUUUAAUUUCGAGCAACCAUCGAACGGACACACUUGUAUGUUGUAUAAUGGUAUUUUAAAAAUUUCUUAGACAUUCUUUGGUUUUCGGCGUUACAGUUCAGUGCCUGGUGUUUACAAUGAAGUUUUUGGUUUCUAUAUUGUUUAUAAUUCAUAUCGCGGUUGCUGAAGAAAACCAAACAGUUUUGCCUAUUGUAUUAUGGCAUGGAAUGGGAGACACAUGCUGCCUUCCCAUCAGCACAGGAGUCCUAAGACUCUUUCUAUACGAACACAUCCCGGAGGUCUACAUCUUAUCCAUGGAUACUAGCAACGAUAGUUUAAUAGCAUUGGAGGACAGUUAUUUCUUGAACCCUAACAAGCAAGUGAACUACGCUUGUAUGGUGCUGGGAGCAGAUGAGUACUUGAAGAAUGGGUUCAAUGUUAUCGGACUUGGGCAUGGCAGUUUGUUCCUUCGAGCCGUAAUCCAGCGAUGUGGCCACAAGCUGCCUCCCAUCAAAAACUACAUUUCUUUCGGAGGCCCCCAGCAGGGGAUAUCCGGCCUUCCACGCUGCAUAGUGGUGUCAAACCAGACUUGUAGCGCGAUGCAAGAGCUACUUGAGUUUGCGGCGUAUCACAGCAUGACCCAAGACGCCCUUAUACCAGCGACAUAUUGGCACGACCCACUCCGAGAAGAUGAAUAUAAGAAGAGAAGCAUUUUUCUCGCCGAUAUAAACAACGAGCAAGUCAUCAAUGAAUUUUACAAAUGGAACCUUAAAAAGCUGCAGCACUUUGUGAUGGUGAAAUUUGAGAAGGACAGUGUGGUGCAACCUCGGGAGACGGAGUGGUUCGGCUAUUACACGCCUGGGCAGACGAAGGAAAUGCAGACGCUACAGCAGUCUAAGAUUUAUCUGGAGGAUCGUCUGGGACUACAAGAAAUGGACCGUGCCGGUAAACUCGUGUUCCUUUCUCAUCCCGACGAACACCUUGAAAUUGAUGAGGCGUGGACGCUUAAAAACAUCAUGCCAUAUCUCGUUGAUAAACCGACCAAUCAAUCUUCGGACUAUGUGUCAAUUAACAUCUAAACAGCAGCUCGUAAUGAGUAAUCUAUAGUGAGAUUGACAAUUUCCUUUAUCGGUUAAGGUAAGAUUCUGCAACAAUCUUGUUAAUGAAUCAAUAAUUAAAUCAGUUUAAUCAGCGAAUAAAAGGUGUGAAAUAAUUU